UGCUCCACGAUAGGGGUUUCUCUUUACUGAAUCUCCCUGUUCUACAUUUUCGUGCGCGUGCGCUGAUGCUCCUCCGAGAGGCGGCUCAUCGUUUCCUCCGGAUUUGCGUUGCUCGCGCGCGUCAAUUCGCGAUUUUUAUGUGAUCCGGCUGAAUAUCGCGACCUAGCGCGGAGAUCCCAGAUCCGGAGCUCCCGAGGGCCUGUUGGGUGUAGCGAAAAUGGAUUUGAAGAAGGCGCUGGAUAAGACGGUCCGGAAUAUGAAGAGAGAAGUGAACAAGAAGGUGCUUAAAGUUCCAGAAAUCGAGAGAAAGGUCUUAGAAGCGACUUGCAACGAGCCUUGGGGUCCUCAUGGAACACUCAUGGCUGAUAUCGCCCAAGCGACUCGGAAUUUUAACGAGUAUCAGAUGAUCAUGACUAUUUUAUGGAAGCGUCUGAAUGACCGAGGCAGGAACUGGCGUCAUGUCUUGAAGUCUCUGACGGUGAUGGAGUUUCUUGUUGGUCAUGGCGCUGAAAGAUUCAUAGAUGAACUGCGGGAGCACACUUACCAAAUCCAGACUUUAGUCGAUUUUCAAUAUGUGGACUCUAGUGGUAGGGACCAAGGACUUACUGUAAGGAGGAAAGCCCAGGCAUUAGUUUCUCUUAUAAACGACAAAGAAAAAAUUCGUGAAUUUCGUCAAAAAGCAGCUGCGAACAGAGACAAGUACCGUGGCGUAUCUUCUGUUGGAGGGAUUUAUCGCUCGAGUUCUUACUCGAGCACUGGCGGUACUUAUUCAGACCGUGACGACGAUGAUAGAUAUGGGGGUGGUCGCUAUUCCGGAGAUAGAUACAGGGACGGGGAUCGAUAUGACGACAGAUACAGAGACGGAGACAGAUACCGAGAUGAUGAUCGCUAUGGCCGAGACAGUGAUCGUCCUUAUUCCGACAAGUAUGAUGGCACUGAUAGAGACCGUGGCUAUGAGGAUGCAAGAAGUAGUGGGAGCAAAGAUGACGACGACUGGAAAUCCGAGAGAAAGCAGUCAAGAGGGAGGUCGAAUCCCCCGAGCUAUGAAGAGGUUUCUAGUCCGGCAAAUGGAUCUCAAAGCAAGGGGAACGAUACUGUUGCUCCUUUAGAGAGCCACGCUAAAAAAGAGGAAGAGUUACGAGAAGAAACCAAGACGGAAAGCUCUCCAGUUGAUGAAUUUGACCCACGAGGCUCCAUACCCGGUUCUUCAUCGGACCAAGAUCUUUUUGGUCACGAGCCAAAACUGACAUCGGCAGGAACUGCACCUCCGACAUUUCUAAGUGCUGUCGAGGAGCUAUUUGCUCCCACUAGUGCUCCCUCCGCGUCAAGCACCGAUCUUGACCCCUCGAAUCCUUUCGGUACGCCAGAGUUUCACGCUAAUGCUCCCGAUGGCGCAACCAAUGGUGUAGCGAAUUCAUUUGAAGACUCUCUAGCGUUGGCCCUUGUUCCACAGUCGCAGUACGAACAGGAAUCUCAGCCUGAGUUGCCAUCGCAAUUGUCUUCUGACAAUCCUUUCCAAGCGCAAAACAGUCAAUCGCCGCCGCAGCAACUUCCACAGCAGCAGCAAGAGCAAAGCUUGCCUCAGCAACAAUUCCAUGCACAACAACAGUUUCCUCCGCAGCAGUUGCAGCAGCAGCUUCCAUCGCAGCAACAGUUUCUUCCGCAGCAGUUGCAGCAGCAGCUUCCUUCGCAGCAACAGUUUCCUCCGCAGCAGUUGCAGCCGCAGCAACAGUUUCCUCCACAGCAGCUACCAUCGCAGCAGCAGUUCCCUCCGCAGCAGCUUCCACCCCAGGAACAGUUUCCUCCACAGCAGCUACCAUCGCAGCAGCAGUUCCCUCCGCAGCAGCUUCCACCCCAGGAACAGUUUCCUCCGCAGCAGCAAAUGCCACCUUUCCGUCCACAGCAGCAACAACAGUUCCCUCCUCAGCAGCAGUUUCCCUUCCAGCAGCAGCAAUUCCCUCAGCAACAACAACCGGCCUUCCAACAGCAGGCCCAGUCUUUCGUGCCACAGCCACCAACUUUCCGUCCGCCGCACUUUGCACAGGCCGGUUUCCCGCAGCAGCAGCAGCCGCAGUCGUUUCUUCAGCAGCAGCAGCAAACUCCAACUUAUUCACAACCUUUUGCUCCACAGCAGCAGCAGCAGCAACAGCAAAGUUCGGUCCAAGACACAACUCUGCACGCCAAGCCGAAGCAGCAGGAACCUUUCCAGCCAAAGUCCGCGGUCUGGGCCGACACUCUCAGCUCGGGUCUCGUGAACCUCAACAUAGGACCAUUAAAGAGCGAUCCUCUCGCGGAGCUGGGGAUCCACUUGACGGAAUCCAAAGUCUCGGCUUCCAGAAGAGAAGAAAAGAAAACAUCGUCGGUGCCAGCGACGAAAGGCCAGGCAAUGGGGUCGGGCUCUGGUCUCGGGCUGGCUGGUGCUAGUAUAAUGCACAGGGCACCUCCGCCGCCACCACCCAUCAUGGGUGGACAAAUGGGUAUGGGCAUGGGCAUGGGCAUGGGCAUGGUGCCUCCACCGCCCAUGGGAAUGCAUCCUAGCAUGAUGCCCAUGGCGCCGCCCAUGAUGAAUGGCAUGGGGAUGGGGAUGUAUAACCCAUCGCAGCAGCAGGGAGGAUUCAGGUAGAGAGAGUAUACUGUGAAUGGAGUGAUUAUUUUUUGGGAUGAUGUGAAUAAAAUAAUUCUUGCAAAUAAAA